AUGAAAGCGCAUUUGAACUUUCUGGUAAAUUCUGGCAGCUUUUCGCUAGCCGAGGAUAACCGCCCGCAACUCAAACACAUCUCGCGUACUAUGGAGCAGCACUACCAUCGUCCAAGACCUUCUGGCAUGGCCGGAAAAAUUCUGGACAAACAAGCAAGCAAAUUCAACGAUCAAGAAGCUGGAUACUUACUAGAAUGGAUCAAGGGACUGAUCAAAGAAGACUUUGACACAGACGGGUCCCGAGACAACUUUUUGGAGCAACUCAGAAAUGGUGAAAAACUAUGCAAAUUGAUGAAUGCCAUUCAAGAUGGAUCGGUGAAGAAGAUUAUGAAGCCAAUCUCAAAUUUCAAUUGUAUGGAAAAUUUGAAUCAAUUCGUGACUGCUGCCCGAGCCUUGGGCGUCAAAGACGAAGAGACUUUCCAAUCAAUCGACUUAUUCGAGGGCCGUGAUCUUUUUUCUGUGUGCGUCACACUUCAGAGUCUCUCGCGCAAGGUAGAAAAAUCGCACAACAUUCCGCCACCAAAACAAGCUGCGAAGGAGACCCUCAUGAAUGCGUGAUGUGACGACGUCCUAUUGAAGAAAGUUGGACUUU